CCCGAGCCGCGGGCGACGCUCGCGCGGCUCCUGCACGAGGGCGUGUCGCCCGGCGUCUCCGACGAGUACGGCCGCCAGCCCCUGCACCACGCGGCCUUCGGCGACGCCCUCGACGCCGCGCGGAUUUUGUACGACUGCGGCGCGGACGUCGACGCGGCCGACGGCGGCGGCAACCGGCCGCUGCACGUCGCCGCGGCGCGCGGCUCCGGCGCCGUGCUCGACUUCCUGUUGGGCUGCGCGGCGGUCGUCGACGCGUCGAACCACGACGGCGACCGGCCCCUGCACCUCGCGGCGUGGAUGGGCCACGGCGGCUGCGCGGCGCGGCUCUUGGCGGGCGACGCGAACGUCGACGCGAUCAACUCC